AUGAGCAAUACAAGAGUGAGUCAAUAUCGAGUGACACAACAGCCUGGUACAUCAGAAAACUUCGAAAAUAUGCAGGAAUCAAUUACGAAUGAAGAAAAAGCUAAACAACAACAACAACAUCAAUCAAAUUCUUCAAACAGUUGGUUUACACGCUAUUUUGGUGACGAUUUUAUGCUAUGUUGUUGUUUAUGGUCAUCGAACAGUAAUAAUUCAAAUUCGAAUGAUAACGAUUGUUGCUGUUGUGAUGAUUCUGGCAAUGCAUGUGACUGUGAUGGGUGCGAUUGUGAUGGGUGCGAUUGUGAUGGGUGCGAUUGUUAA